AUGGAGAGUCUCUCAAACAGCACCAAGGAGCUCCAGCGCCUCUUCUCUGAGAUGGAGCUCGCGGUGCAGUCCAUCCAGAGCUUCCUGGAGGUCGGUAGCGCCGUGAGUUCUAGGCAUUUCCAAAGUCUGGUGGCCUUGAACCUGGUGCGAGACUAUGCGUCGCUAGGGGCGGAGGAACAGAAAGCAGUCCUCGAGGCCGUCAGUUCUGUGGUGGGAUCGGCCCGGACGGUGGUUCACGAAGCGCGGCGAUCGAAGGACACGAUCGUCAAGGAUGCGACCUCAGUAGUUAGGGUGGCCGCUUCCAAGGUGAAGGAGCAGUUUGCGCUGGUGGCCACAAGUGCUCUGGUCGCCGGCACGGAUGCGAAGGACGCGCUGAACUAUGCAGCCUCCAUGUAUUUGUACGCUGCAGGUGGCUGCGUUGGGUGCGCCGUCCUUAUGGCACUGGUGGCUUUUGCAUACGCCUGCUACUUGGAAUACAUCUUCGAGAACCAGGGCAUCGCGAGAGUCUACGAGAUCGCUGCAAAGGAGCGACAAGGCUGCUGCUGGGGCUGCAUCGACUCCAUCGGACACUUUGUACAUGUCGUUGGCUUCUACUUGCUGAUCUUUCUUCAAGAUGCCGUCGCUCGUGUUCAGGUGCUUGUGGCCCUGUUCCUCUGUGUGGUCGGAAACGUCCAGCUGGGGCUCCAAAUCGGCUGCGACUUUGCCCCCAUGCUCUCGGACAACGCGGCCUGCACUGCCGCGAUGGGAAACUUCAGCACAGCCUUGCAGCGGGAUAUCCUCCAUGGUAAGGAUUGCGAAGGCGCUGGGACGUUGAUCUGCGAAUCCGUAGCAGGCAACCCCGGUAUGAUACGGAUCACGAUGCUGCUCGGCAGCAUGAUCCUUGCAAAUAGGGUCCUGCAUGUCAUAGCAUGCACCAUGCUACCUCUUCCUGGAUAG